AUGACGACCACUGUCGUUGCAGCCACCUCGGAGGGCGCAGACACCUCUUCCUCCAUCGUGGAUAAAGCCAAGUGUGGGCCACUGCGGAGCUUCGUUGUACCGGAGAUUCAACCGGGAGGUGCGCAGAAAGCAGCAGCGGAAAGUUCAAAAGGCAAGGCAACUCAAAGAGAGGCGCACCUCAAGAAGCUUCAGCGCCUUCUAGAGCGUCUUCUUAGUGCCAAGCCUCCUGAGCGAAACUUCCAGCGUUCGAACGAGGUGGAGGACCCGUCCCUGGUACCAGUCAUAUGGAUCACCAAGUGGGUGGACUACACUGAAGUACAUGGACUGGGAUACGAGUUCUCUGACAACAGCGUUCUUGUAAACUUCAACGAUGACACGCGGAUGAUCCUCCUUAACAAUAAGCAGAACGUUAUUUACACGGAACACGAGAACACUGAAGGCCACUACUCACUGGAAAAGUACCCGCCGUCACUCGAGCACAAGAUAACUCUACUGAAACACUUCGGCAAAUACAUGAAGGACUACCUGGUGACGACAGGGGAAGACAUCAGCCGACGGGAGCCUGACAGCUUUGUCAGUCUACCUUACGUCGAGACGUGGAUGCGAAGCGAGUCUGCGAUAAGUUUCUACCUCACCAACGGAACCGUCCAGAGAGAUGGCGGCGGCAUCAACCAUCCCUAA